AUAAACCGGAAACAGACGGUUGGAGUUUCCGUUUUCCGUCAAGAUAUACACACGUGUGUGUCUGCGUGGAGAACGUGCACAUAAUCAGUUUGGACCCGGUCUUCUGACCCGGUUCCGAGUGUUUGUACAGACUCGGAAGUCGGUCCAGCAUGUGGGAGCAGCUCGGCCUGAUCGGCACUCUCCGGGACGAGGAUCCGAGUCCGGCCGAAUCCGAGACCGAGUCCGACCCAGAGGAGGAGCUGAUUGUGCUGAAGAAGAAGAAGAAGAAGAGUCGUGGGUCGAGAGACUUUAACUGUGACUUUGAGUUUGGAGAGAGAGACGGACCAAGCCAUGAUGACGACUGGGCGAUGGCCGAUGUCAUGAAGCAGCUCAAGAAUAAGAGAUCUGUGACGACUCUCGACCAGAAAAUAGAGAAAAUUCGCAGGAACAGGAAAGCUGAGGAGAAAUCCUCUCAGAGCGACACUGCUGAAGGUCCAUCAGAGAAGAAUGAGGAGGAGGAGGAUGUGAAACCUCCAGCUGGAGAGGCUGGUGUGGGUGAUGAAGACCACGACGAGGAGGAUGACGAGGAGUUUGGCUCAAGUGAUGAGGAGAUUUUGACCAAGUCCGACACGCUCAGAGAGAAAGAACGAUGGGGGAAGAAGAGGAAAGCAGGAGAGGAGGCAACAGAGUCCUUCUACGAAGAUGCAUCACAGUAUGAUGAUCAACUGACCUUUGAUGACAUGAACCUGUCCAGACCCAUCCUGAAGGCCAUUACCAAUCUGGGCUUUAAGCAGCCAACCCCGAUCCAGAAGGCCUGUGUCCCUGUUGGUCUGCUGGGCAGAGACCUGUGCGCCUGUGCUGCCACUGGGACAGGAAAGACUGCGGCCUUCAUGUUGCCUGUGUUGGAGCGUUUGGUUUAUAAGCCCAGGACAUCCCAGGUGACCCGGGUCUUGGUUCUGGUUCCUACCAGAGAGCUAGGGAUCCAGGUUCACUCUGUGGCCCGUCAGCUUGCCCAGUUCACAUCUAUCACCAUCUGUCUUGCUGUUGGUGGGUUGGACUUGAAGUCUCAGGAAGCGGCAUUGAGGGCUGGUCCAGACAUCCUGAUAGCUACACCUGGUCGGCUGAUUGACCACCUUCACAACACACCGAGCUUUGAGCUGACGCACAUCGAGGUCCUGAUUCUGGAUGAGGCUGAUAGGAUGCUGGAUGAGUACUUCGAGGAGCAGAUGAAGGAGAUCAUCAGGUUGUGUUCUUACAACAGACAGACCAUGCUGUUUUCUGCCACCAUGACAGAUGAGGUGAAAGACCUGGCAGCGGUGUCGUUGAAGCAGCCAGUCAGGAUUUUUGUUAACAGCAACACUGACGUGGCUCCAUUCCUGCGGCAGGAAUUCGUCCGAAUUCGACCGCACAGAGAGGGAGAUCGCGAAGCCGUGGUGACUGCUCUGCUGACUCGGACAUUCCAGGAUCACGUGAUGUUGUUCACUCAGACAAGGAAACAGGCACACAGACUGCACAUCCUGUUGGGACUCAUGGGAUUGAAGGUCGGAGAACUGCAUGGAGAACUGAGCCAGAACCAGCGACUGGAGAACCUCAGGCGCUUCAAAGAUGAACAGAUUGAUAUCUUGGUGGCAACAGAUGUGGCAGCCAGAGGUUUGGACAUCGAUGGAGUCAAAACAGUGAUAAACUUCACCAUGCCUGCCACAGUGAAGCAUUAUGUGCACCGCGUGGGUCGGACAGCGAGAGCCGGUCGAUCGGGGCGUUCGGUGUCUCUGGUUGGAGAAUCCGAGAGGAAGAUGCUGAAGGAGGUCGUAAAGUCAGCCAAGAGCAGCGUGAAGGCUCGCGUUCUGCCGCCAGAGGUCAUCCUGAAGUUCAGAGAUCUGAUCUCCAAACUGGAGAAAGAUGUGGAAGCUGUGAUGAAGCUGGAGAGAGAGGAACGAGAGCUGGCUGCAUCUGAGGCCAAGCUGACUGUGGCUCAGAAGCGUCUCGCUGGCUCCGCCUCUGCUGAUCAGUCACAGCGAGUUUGGUUUCAGACACAACAGGAGAGGAAACAGAGCCGCAUGUCGAAGGCUCUGCAGGAGUCUGUAUUGUACUACAGAUUGCUGUGUAGUACUCUGUGGUACUGUGCAGUGAUGAUGACCAUACCUCUGUGUCUUGCUGCCUGCCACUGCCUGCUGCCCUAUUAUAUGUUAUAUUAUAAUAUUGUAUGAGUUGCCAUAGUUUAUGACCACCAAACUCUCCUGAAACUAUGAGCGUCCCUCAUGGACUCCUACACUCCAGCAUAGUUCAGAAAUCCUCUUUCCGCUCCCUACGUGUCAGUACACCUGGGAAGACCCUGGGCUAACCCUGCAGCUGUCAUAGGAGAAAACGAUCCAGAAAGCACAGGAAGCAUUCAGGUGUCUGUCAGGCUGAGACAUCACACGUUUUCAACUGACAUCAACCUACCUGUUUCAUCCGAGGGAGAUGGAGCUGACCGGCCGCUCCCAGGUACGCUUUCCUCCGACCUAUCCCUACAGGCUCAGCCACUGACUUCUGGAUUCCUGCCGACGCUGUCCCUGCCAGGCUAUCAGGGAAGCAUGCUGUAGUAGUCCCCAGAAAUCUUCACUCUGCCAUGGGAAUCCAUUACAGUUAAGCUGGCAACACUAGAUCCAUAUCCAAUAAGACUUUCAUCCUGAUUUCCUGUUCAGCCACGAACUGCAUUUCCUGCUCGUGACGGAGACCUGGCUAAACUCUGUGGACCUCUCUCCACUCAUCGAACUCUGCCCAGCUGAUUCUAACUUUUUUUUAGUACAUCAAGGUUAUCUGAUAGAGGAGGUGGAAAUUUUAUUCCUAGGUCAUUUUAAUAUCCAUGUUUGUCAUCCUGAUAAACCUACAGUAAAUGA